CCUGAAACAGAGAAAUUUCUCAUACAUCUGUCAUAAAGAUCCGAGCAGCUCUACUUGAGAACCAUGAAGUCUUUCCUCCUUGUUGCGUGUGUCUUUGGAAUCUGCUGUGCCGUGCUAGCAGAGGAUGAAGAACAUCGAGAGAAGCGCUCAUCAAGCCAUUCCUCAGAGAGACUACCUGGAGGCUUCUUUAACCCGUUCCAAUUUCAGCGUCCUUAUCCCUACCCAUUCUUCCCCCCUAACCUGCCUCUGCCUCAGCCUCAGCCUCAGCUUCCAAACAACAAUGCCCUCCUCAGCCUCUUGCCAUUCAUCUUAGCACAGCUGGCAUCUGCUCCUGCACCGGCCCCGGCCCCCGCACCAGCACCGGCUCCGGCCCCCGCACCGGCCCCAGCCCCUGCACCGGCCCCAGCUCCAGCUCCCGGUGGGAGAUAAGCAACCAGUUCAAUCAAACUAAGAAAUGUGUCUGAUUGACUGUGAAUGCACAUUAUAAUGCCUGCCUCUUGCUCUCGCUAUGUUGAAAAAUAAAUACAAUAAAAUAAACUUCA